UGAUUGAGAUGUGGUUCUGACUUCAGGUGGAUGGACGACAGCAUCGUGCAAGACAUCACGCCGCGCCUCAUCAGCGACAGGCCCAACACGUACACCUACACCAAAGCCCUGGCUGAGAACGUGGUGCAGCAGGAGCAGGACAAGCUCCACAUCGGCAUCAUCAGACCCUCCAUAGUGGGAGCCAGCUGGCAGGAGCCUUUCCCUGGUUGGAUCGACAACUUCAACGGGCCGAGCGGAGUCUUUAUCGCUGCCGGGAAGGGGAUCCUGCGGACCAUGAGGGCCAACAACGACGCCGUGGCCGACCUGAUCCCGGUGGACGUGGUUAUCAACCUGACCCUGGCUGCAGGCUGGUACACCGCCAUGCACAGGCCGAAAACGGCUCUGGUGUACAACUGUACGACCGGCGGCAUCAACCCAUUCCACUGGGGGGAGAUUGAGCACCAUGUGAUAUCGUCCUUUAAGAGGAACCCUCUGGACCAGGCUUUCCGAAGGCCCAACGCCAACAUCACCUCCAACUACCUGAUCAAUCAGUACUGGAUUCUGGUCAGCCACAAGUUCCCCGCCUUCAUCUACGAUCUCUUCCUCCGUCUCUGUGGACAGAAGCCACAGAUGAUGCGCAUCUUUAAUCGUCUGCACAAGGCCAUCAACCUGCUGGAGUACUUCAGCAGUCAGGACUGGGAGUGGAGCUCUGAGAACGUGAACAUGCUGAUGAACCAGAUGACUCCUGAUGACAGGAAGGUGAGCUGA